AUGAUCGCCUGCAUCGCAGUCAUCGGAGCAGCGAACAGUCCCCUCUACAUCCGCACGUUCGGCCAGGAGAGCGAAGAUUUGGGCUUUCACUACGUCGCGCACGUGUCGCUCGACAUUAUCGAAGAAAAGCUGCAGACCGCGAGCGUCAGCAGCUCCAAGGACGACAUGUACGUGGGCUUCCUUGGACCCAUUGAGGACUACCGGGUGUACGGCUACGUGACCAACACGUCGGUCAAGUUUGUCGUGGUCAUGCAAGACGCGCCCGUGCGUGAGCCAGAGCUCCGAGCGUUCUUGGCGGAGGUGCAUCGGCUGUACGUGAACGCCAUGUCGAACCCGUUUGCUCCGUUGGGGGAACGUCUGACGUCGCAGAUGUUCGACAAGCGCGUGUCCAAUCUUGUCGUCCAACACAACACAAGCAGCUAG